AUUAUGAUCAAGAUUUAGAUUGCCAGUCACUUAUGAUUGAUACACCAAACUUAUGUAUAAGCAACUUGCUCAAGUCUAAAUAUGCUAGCUAGUUACACAUAAUAGGUAGUUCCAUACAUCGACUCGAAAUGUCAUCCCCUUCCUUGUUACCUUCGUUCGCAAUAUGUCUCAUCUAAAAAGCAUCCGCUCACUUAUCAUCAAGAUUGUGGGAUUUAUGGGGAAUUCCCGACUACUCCAAUAUCAAGACUGAAGCCAGUUCCACUAAACGGUACCAGGUCCUCGAAGUUCUGCCACAUCGAUGUGAACGAGAUCUAUGGUUGUAUGUAUCAUUCAAAACGAUUCAUGCGGUAGCAUUUAAUGGUGCCUCAAGGAGCAUUGGAUAAAGCCCCAGUGGGCAAUGAAGCUGCGAAGUCGGGGUCAUAUGUGGCUUGUAGCCUAAAAUAUCAUAGUUAAGAGAUGUAUGUAUAAUACACGCUCUUGAUAGGAAUUUCAUCCAUACUCAUCUCUUGUAUUGAGGUCCUGUACUUGUCUACCGGCUCAGUCUGGCUGUCCAUCAUAAACGACCAUUUACAAGGCAUCGCAGUUUUCUGCCCAUGGAUUCGAUCUUUUUGGUUGAAGCGGAGACGUGGGCCAGGCACGCGCCAUAAUGCCCUGUAGACAGCCAUGCCCAAUGGCUUCCAAUGUGAGGUGACGUAUUAGGCAUAAACCUGGGAGCUUUCUUGAGAAACUAACGGCAGCAUAAUGGCAACGCAGCAGCAGCUCUCUGUUGAGUGCGGUAAGUGCACCGGCGGCCCUGCCUGCAGUACAAGUUGUUCUACAAACGCAGGUCAAAAGAGGCAUCCGUUGCUCAAAACAACAUUAUCAAUGCAAUUUUAAGGAUAAAACAAUAGAGACUGGUGUGCGUCCUGGUCUUCAAGGUAGGGGAGGGGCGAAGGCGGCACAGUAAAAAAGUGAUUGGUCCUUAAUGGCGGGGCUCUAGGCGGCUAAUUGCUACAUACUCCAUAGAAUCAAUUUCAAACAACUUCAAUUGUGCCAAGAAGACAUCGGUAUUUUAACAACAAACGGGUAUGAGGAGCCCGACUUUCGAUCACAAAAUCACAAACAAGCUUUCUAAACGCAGACCUGGCACUCCCAGUGACAGCGGCAAUAGCACCACCCCAGCAGCUGAGACGAAUUCUUCACAUAUCUUCAAAGCAACUUCUAUUGAGCGAAGUGCCAAAGGUAAUAAUAAGCUAAGCCUUAUUUUUGCCCUGUUACUAGCUAUUCCCUUAGCUUUUAUUCUCAAUAAAGCUAUGGUUUGCAAGCAAGACGUCCAUGAUUCCAUCCCAGAUUGCGAUUCCGAUACCUUUACAGACUACACAACUAAGACUCCCCAAUGCACCACCAUCGGAGAUUGCAACUGCGACAAUAAUGAUGAUAAACGUUUUGAUACCUCAAGCUCAGUCCCUUCGCCCGGUUCGACCUAUUUGAUUCGCGCCUCCUCGUCUGGGAAACUUUUAACUUUAGACUCUGGCAACGUAGUUCUGGCUCAACCAGCUGCCAAUCGCGGAUCCAGCAUUCAUGUGAGUAUAUAAUUCCUCGAAAUCAUUAGACCGACUCUUCAUUGCCUUACGCUUUGUACUAACUUCCUCGCCAAUAGUGGAGAUGCAUCGAAGUCAAAGGAUGGCUCCAUUUCCAAAACGUCGCUUCCGGUUGUUACAUCGGUCACAAUUUCUGGGGCAAUAUAAUUUGUUCUGCAAGAAAUCCCGGUGGAUGGGAGAGAUUCACUGCAAGACUUAGACCAGAAGGGGGUUACUACUUGAUGAUGACGCAUUUUGAAAGAUUAUGGAAAGUGGGAAUACGCGAUGGGAUGUUGGCGAAGAUUGAGGAAGGUGAGUGGGGGGGCAUGGUCAGGACUGGAGAGGGAAAUUAUGAGGUGAUUGUUUGGGAGUUUGUUAACGUCUAGUGAACAGUCGUUACACAGAUUCAUUAGAUCGGUGUGGGAGUUAGAUGCAACAAUAUUCUUGAAUUGACUUUUUGUAUGUGAGGAAUUGA